AUGUCUCGACCCCGGCGAAAAAAGGCUACUGAAGUGAUUGAGUUCUUUCAGACGCUCGACUCCGACGUUGAAGAAACUGAUUCUGAUGGGGAAUUUUUGAUUCAGGUCCUGAUGAGGACAGUGACGAUGCCGACCCAGGACCUUCAACGUCUGCGGGACCGCCUCCUAAACGCAUGCGACCGUCUGGUGAUGUGGCACCUGCGCCUGCACCUGUACCUGCACCUGUACCUGCACCUACACCUGCACCUGCACCUGCACCUACACCUACAGGUGACUGGACUGAGGAUCUCACUGGAUAUCUUACGAGUUAUCAAGACAGAGACGAACAGGUACGCUGCUUCUGAGCUGGGUCGAAGACAGCUGCCCCCUGAGAGUCUCUACAAGAACUGGAGCACAGUGACACUGAAGGAGUUGUGGGGGUUCUUCACCAUCUGGGUAGUACACAUGUCACUGGUCAAGAAACCCUGUCUGAAGGACUACUGGAGUACGGCAGAAAUCAUCCGCACAUCGUUCGCCCCCAAAAUCAUGUCAAGGAACCAUUUCAUGCAGAUUCUUGGCCUCCUGCAUCUCAACGACAACACCACGUACGUCCCCCUCCGAGAAACUGGUAAUGACCCUCUCCAUAAGCUGCGACCAAUUAUCGAUCCCCUUUCUGCUACUUUCCGAGACCUCGUGACCCCUCGACAGAAACUCGUCAUCGAUGAAGCCAUCUGCCCAUGGAGGGGAAACCUGCGGUUCAGGGUGUACAUGAAAGACAAGCCCAACAAGUGGGGGAUCAAACUGUACAUGCUGUGCGAGAGUGCCUCUGCGUACGUCUGUGCCUUUGAAAUUUACGCCGGCGACCCUACCAUCAGCAACAAACCCGUGGAUGUGUGCCGACGAAUGAUGACGCCGCUAAUGGACAAAGGGUACAUUUUGUACACGGACAACUACUACACCUGUCCAGCUUUGUACCAAGAGAUGAUCGCAGGUGGCACCAUGAUUGUUGGUACGGUAAGAGCCAACCGUGUUGGUAUGCCGAAGGAUUUGGCAGCGCUAAAUCUAAGGACAGGAGAGAGUGCGUACCGACGGCAAGACAAACUGGUGGCCCUCCGUUGGCAGGAUAAAAAGUCUGUCAACCUGCUGACAACGGUGCACGACCCACGGAGAAGGGUGACAGUGAGAUCAAGGGCCCAGACCAAGGAGAAACCGCAGGUGAUCCAGGAUUACACUCUCAACAUGAGGGGUGUAGACCGCAGCGACCAACUCAUGGCCUAUAUGCCCUUCCAUCGCCGCACCAUGAAAUGGUGGAAAAAACUGUUUGGGCAUCUGUUUACCCUCAUGAUGGUGCAGGCAUCCAUCCUGUACAACAGGAAACAGACGUCAACAGGUGGGAAGCCUCUGCCAAUUUCCAAGUUUAUCCAGAAGCUUGGACAGGGCAUGGCGGAGGAAUUCUUGGGCUGGCAAGAAGGAGAUUCCGAGGACCCAGCUCCCACACAGCUUGACCGCCUUCACUCACGUUGCUUCCCGGACUACAUUCCUUCAACUGAGAAGAAGAAACGUCCCACCCGGAGUUGCAAGGUGUGCUAUGAGAAGGCGAAGCAACCGGGCUCCACAAUGAAGCGGAAAGAAACGUCGUUCUGGUGCCCAUACCACAAAGUACCCCUGUGUGUGGUCCCCUGCUUUCAGGACUUCCACACAAAGAAGGAGUACUGUAACUAA